CCGAACCAGCGGACAAGGGCUCACGAAUCGCUGUGACGGAGAGGAGGACCCGACCAGGCCUUGCCCUCUCUUCCGUCUCUCUCUUUCUCUCUCUCUCUCUUUCUGUCUCCCUCCCACCUGCGACUGCUCUCUCUACCUCCUCCUCUUUUCCAAACCUUCCCGGGUCUUUCGGGCUGGUAUUGGCACCGAGUCGGGAAACAAGUCUCCCCUCUUUUGGUUGGUGGGCUUGCGCACGCGUUGCCUUUUUGCGCGGGGAUCCGCCGGAGGGGGUGAAAAAAAGAGGCAGGAGGAGAGAGGAGGGAAAAAAGAAAGCUUCAGCACCUUGGACAGCACACGCAGCAAACAACAUGGCUCCGAUUACAGCCAGCCGAGAAGAAUUUGAUGAAAUCCCAACCGUGGUUGGGAUCUUCAGUGCCUUUGGCCUGGUCUUCACCGUCUCGCUCUUCGCCUGGAUCUGCUGCCAACGCAAAUCUUCCAAAGCCAACAAGACUCCUCCUUACAAAUUUGUCCACGUGCUGAAGGGCGUUGAUAUUUACCCGGAGAACCUUAACAGCAAGAAGAAGUUCGGCGCAGAGGACAACAAAGGGGAAGCCAAAAACAAGCCCAUGAUGCCAAAGACGUCUCUGCAUCUUGACCUGGAGAAACAAGACCUGAAUGGCAACUUCCCCAAAACGGUCCCUAAAAUACCAACUUCUUCAGAUGUUGAGAGCUUCACUCCAAAGCUUUUUCCUGAGAGGGAAAAAGAUUCGGUGUCUCCUGACAGCUUGAAGUCGACCACCUCAAUAUCUUCGGAAGAAAAGCAAGAUAAAUUAGGGACACUCCUCUUCUCCCUAGAGUACAACUUCGAAAAGAAGGCCUUCAUGGUCAACAUCAAAGAAGCAAGAGGCUUACCGGCCAUGGAUGAACAAUCCAUGACUUCUGACCCAUACAUUAAAAUGACAAUACUGCCGGAGAAGAAACACAAGGUGAAAACUCGGGUGCUGAGGAAAACCUUAGAUCCCGCUUUUGAUGAAACUUUCACCUUUUAUGGGAUCCCUUAUACUCAAAUUCAAGAUCUGAGCCUCCAUUUUAUGAUUCUGAGCUUCGACCGCUUCUCCCGCGAUGAUGUCAUUGGAGAAGUCCUGUUCCCCUUAUCAGGAAUCGAGUUGUCUGAAGGGAGGAUGCUGAUGAACAAGGAAAUCAUCAAGAAAAAUGUUAGGGUAAUUGAUCUUACUUAUUCUUUCUUUCCCCCCUACCCCCUCCUACUUGAGAAGUAUUUUGAAGAGGUGAGUUGUACGAAUGUCCUGUUGACAUUUUGAAGAAAUGAAUGAACUAGGAAUAAAAUAG